UCUUAAUCUAUUUUUAUAUAUAAAUAAAUAUACAGAUCUCUGAUUUUGCUAAGGAAAUCAUGGCUAAGGAAGGAAUCAUGGAUGUUGCAACCCAAUAUCCUGGAAAACUCACCUUUAGGGUUAUUAUCACUUGUGUCAUGGCAGCAAGUGGUGGAUUAAUUUAUGGAUAUGAUCACGGUGUUUCUGGUGGUGUAACAUCUAUGGAUUCCUUCUUAAAACAAUUCUUUCCUUCUGUUUAUGAACAGCAAAUAAAUACAAAAGCUUCUUCAAAUCAAUAUUGCAAAUUCAACAGUCAAACAUUGACAUUCUUUACAUCUUCCAUUUAUAUAAGUGCUCUUAUAUCUAGUCUUGGGGCAUCAAGCUUAACAAGAAUGAUGGGUAGGCGAGCAACAAUGAUUUUAGGUGGAUUAUUCUUUGUGUCGGGUGCCUUACUCAAUUCAUUCGCCCAGAACAUUGCGAUGCUUAUCAUUGGAAGGUUGUUACUUGGUUUUGGUAUUGGAUGUGCCAAUCAGUCGGUUCCAAUCUAUAUCUCAGAAAUGGCACCUUCUCAAUAUAGAGGAGCCUUAAACAUGUGUUUUCAAUUUUCGAUUACUAUUGGUAUGUUUGCAGCCAAUCUGGCAAACUAUUACUGUGCCAAGUUAUGGAAUGGUGAGGGAUGGCGAUUAAGCUUGGGGCUAGGUGCGGUACCUGCGGUGAUUUUCGUUGUAGGCACACUUUUUCUUCCUGAUUCACCAAGCUCACUUGUUUCACGCGGUCGCCAUGAAGCCGCAAGAAAGGAGCUUGCAAAAAUUCGCGGUACUGAUGAUGUUGAUGCCGAGUUUAAUGAUAUUGUUGCUGCUAGUGAAGCCUCGGAUCAAGUGAAAAACCCGUGGAAAACCUUGAACAAGAGAAAAAAUAGGCCCCCGAUGGUUUUCGCUAUAAUGAUUCCUUUCUUCCAACAAUUCACUGGAUUGAAUGUGAUCACAUUCUACGCUCCUAUUCUAUUCAGAACGAUUGGUUUUGGAAGUCAAGCUUCACUCAUGUCUGCCGCGAUCAUUGGAGGCUUUAAACCUCUUGCCACUCUGGUUUCAAUCGUACUUGUGGAUAAAUUUGGACGACGCACCCUUUUCCUUGAGGGUGGUGCUCAAAUGUUGGUUUGUCAAAUUUUGAUGGCAAUUGCUAUUGGUGUAACAUUUGGAACAAGUGGGAACCCAGGGCAAUUACCUCAAUGGUUUGCAAUUACCAUCGUAGGCGUAAUCUGCAUAUAUGUUUCAGGUUUCGCUUGGUCUUGGGGACCUCUAGCAUGGUUAGUACCUAGCGAAAUUUUUCCACUCGAAAUUCGAUCUGCUUGUCAGAGUAUUACAGUUGCUGUCAACAUGACCAGCAUUUUCAUCAUAGCUCAAUUCUUCACCGAAAUGCUUUGUCACUUCAAGUUUGGUUUGUUCCUCUUCUUUUCCGGCUUUGUAAUCAUCAUGACUUUAUUCAUCUACAAGUUGUUUCCAGAAACUAAGGGUGUCCCACUUGAGGAUAUGCAGAUGGUUUGGAAGAAACACCCCUUUUGGGGAAAGUAUUUGGAGAAAGAGAGUAAGAAAAAAACUGUCAAGCAAGACACCUAA